GCGCCAUCUACACACAGACGGCUGAUUGUGCAGUGUUGACUACGGGUCAUUUAAACUUUAUCCAACACGAGGAGCUUAGGAAGACCGUACAGGCUAAGCACGGGAGGAUACUAACAAUCGGGUUGUUGUUUUACCUGAAACACAGGUAACCAGAAAGCCAUGCACCGGAAGGAGUACGCCACAAGUGGAGGGACUUACCUCAAGGAGCGUGGUCCCACUAACGCCGUCCCCCUCCACAAUUACGUCAGUGGUGACGGAAAGUCGCACGCGUACAGAGGCAUGGCCCACUACGUCCCCUCAGAAAGGGCCUGGAUCGCCAAGGACCAGUUUCGAUCGUUGCCACGUGAAACCAAACGUGACGCUAUCGAUAUUCAGUCAGAGGACCAGUGGGUGGACUUCAUGAGGAACCGAGACACGCCUUCUGGUUACUACAAUGAAAACAUAGGCCUACUGCAGACUGGUAAAGCCGAUCUGAAGCUCUUCGGAUACACUCGGAACCUUCCUGCAAUGCCAUCAAAAGACAUUUUCCAAAAUCCCUGGCCGAAGAGUGAUGCAUUUGUUCCGGUAGAGCGAAAAGGGCGUGGCGAUUACUAUGGCUACUAUCAUGAGGCAAUUGAAAGUGAACGAGAACGACGAAAGAAAGAGUUUCCAACGAGCUGGGUGAUCGAAGCUAGAGACGUGCCGAAGUUAUAAUUUCUUAUGAGCACUGACCUUACAUGUUCAGUAAAACCUGACGUUACCGACAUUAAGGGGGCGGGGUUAAUUUGGUCGUUUAUUGUGUAUCGGAUGUCGGUAAACUCAGGAUUUAACGUACAAGUAGACAUUUUAAGUCAACAUUUGUCUAAUAUCCAGUCCGGAUAUAUUAUAUCUUAGCAAACGUUAAAGAUGAACACUUUAAGUCUGUGAUAAUAAGAAUGGGUUUCAUGUUUAUCUAUACCUCUCAAAACUCCCAUGAACACUGUUUAAAUAACACAGUAUUUAUCACACUGGAUGAAAAGUUGGUGGUUUUCCCAAUGGGACCUCGGGGUUUGUUACAGUCUGUAUGAUUGGACAAUCAUGAUGUAUUCCGUCUUUGCGUAUUGCAGAGUUAUCUUCUCCUGUGAGCAGAUAUUGAUUGUUACCUCAUUGGUUUGUG